UCCAAAUGGUGAAGUCCUCGUAUCUUAUUACAAAAUAAAGUUGACAGUUUUCGCCAGGCGUCUCCACCUCGUGAAUCAGGCGCGCUAUCCACAAUGUCUAUUUGUUUCAUGGCACGCGCUGUAUCGUUACCCGAUACGUAUCCUUAGCUCCUAUUCUGCCUCAUCUACAUUUUCUUUGUCGCUUUUGAGUGCAUCUCGCAUCAUAUGCCGUCAGCUAUUGGACCCCUCGAUGGGCGCAAAGCGCGGAGGAAGCGGUGCAACGCUUGCGUCAGGCGCAAGAUCAAGUGCCAUGGAGGCAUCCCUUGUGACUACUGCAGACGAAUGAAGCAGACGUGUGAAUCGCCUACCCUACCGACGACUUUCGCGCCAGUAUUCGUUGGAGAGAACGCCAAUGGGAACCCAAGAGGCAAGCAGAUCGUUCACACGGCUACAGAACGGACCGGCUUCUCCUUCCUGCGAUUUACAGCGCCAACAAUGUAUGACAGUAGUGUUCCUUAUUUUUUCAUGUCGUUUCUGGCGAUGAACAAUCUGUCGAACGAUCGGCUACCGGUAGUCGCGGACCUUGUAAAUCUGAUGGCAGAUGCGCCUGCAUUGAGAGACGCUAUCUCCGCCGUAGCUGUGCAUCAUCGCAAGCAACAAAGUCCGGAAGCCGUACCUCUUGAUGGUUACCAGGCUUUGCAAUCAUAUGGUCGAUCUAUACGACAUGUCAAAGACCUUAUUACAUCGAAAACCUUUUUACACGACCCAUCUGCACUCUGGACCACAUUCUUCCUGGGUCUCUUUGAGUUGAUGCGUGAUUCUACAGGGACCACCUGGUUGUCGCACUUCCUACAUGGAACGUGUGCCAUGUUGAAGCUUCUUGAACCGGAGACUCUGUCACGAGCAGGGCCGAGAAACUCGCAUAGACGGAUUUUCUUCCUCCAAACUCGGAUUUUCGAGAUAUCCCGUUCAUUGAUUUACUCAUCCCCAACAUUUCUAUGGGAUGCAAAGUGGACAGCUGCGAUAGCAAACCUGUGGGAUGGAGACAGUGCUGCUCUCUGGCACCCCAAGGAAGCUCUAUUUGACCUUCUACCCAGCUUCUCGGAAUUGAGUAUCUGUGUACUUCAAUUUGCUCUGAAUGAAACGCAGCUCCCUCCAAUGGUGCACCACAAUCUGGCUCAAUCUCUCGCCGAUGAAGGAUUUGCCUUACAGGAGAAGCUACAAGGGUGGUAUGAAGAGACCCAGUCCUGGGAGCAGAUGUGCAAGGCCGACCAAGCAUCUUCUAUAUCAACAAGCUGGCCUGACACGGAGCUUAUGAUAGGCUAUGCCUAUUACCACGCGAUCAACAUAUACCUUUCAGGGACCUACGACUACCACAAACCAUGGACUGGGCCGGGUGCACCUCGCGCGCCGAUCUUGACUCGCGAUGAGAUCGACUUGCACGUUUCUCGGAUACUCCACCACAGCCGCAGUCUUCUAGCACAUGGAAUAUCAGGCAUCAUUCUGUUCUUCCCGCUCAGGGUAGCUGGUGCCAGAGCCAUCGAUUUGUCAUUACGCCAGGAGAUUUUAAGCCUUUUCCAAUUAACGUCUCAACGAGGCUUCGUCGUAGCCGAGGCUCUUGUGGACGACUUGUUGGAGCUUUGGGGAUCAAAGAACUACCAUUUUUUCAACUAAUUCGGUUUCUUCUGGGGUAUGUUGGCACUCAACGUCCCGUAUAUCGUACCACGGUACCGGUGUAGGCACACGCGUGCUUGUCGCGUGUUUGUGACGACCCAGGGUCGCAUCACUUGGGCCACUCCACAAGACUAAUGGUUCAACAAUCGUUGAUAGCUACUCAAAGUACUAUUUAAGUCGUGAGGUGCACCGGGCUUCGACUUGCUUUCCAGAUUUCCCCCAUCUCGACCACGCAAAAUCAUCCGCUACCUCUUGUUAUUGUUACAGCCAACAAAAUGCCGACAAGAGACUUCCGACAAACAGGACCUCACGAAGUUGCGAGGAAGCAGGACCAUCGGCGAAGCGAUUUGCGCAA